UCCGACUACCGAAGAAACAGAAAAAGUCAGAAGAAACACUUCACAUAAACACAGAAGUGAACAGAUAGACGAUCUUUAUCUAACUUUAUCUAAAACCUGGCUCUUCGCUCCUAAUCAUGUGGAUGAGGUUUGCCGUGUGCGUGUUCUGGUUGGUUGUGGAUGUCCAGGGUCAUGACCGAGCCUCGUUAAAAAGGUCCAAUGACCGCUACGGCAGCUGCCAGUACACCUUCACUGUGGACAGCCCAGUGGAAUCCAGCUGUCCCAGUACCACGGAGGCGGAAAAUCUGAGCGCUCGAGUGACGCUGCUGGAGGCGGUGGUGAGCCGCGUCCCGGGGGCCGAGGCAGUCACGGAGACGGUGAAGACACCAGGAGAGACGGAGGAGAUGAGGCAGCUUCUUCAGGAUAAAGAGAGGCUGGAGGGGCAGGUGAAGGAGCUGCAGAGACGAGUGGAGGAGCUCACGAUGGAGACAGAAAAGCUCAGAGAGAAACCCUGUCCACUAGUCCCUGGCUCUGAGGACAGCUUCGGCGUUAAUAGAGGCAGUGGUCCUGCUGUGAGUGGUGCAUUUCAAGAGAUGAAGGCUGAGGUUUCUGAGGUUCCGGCUCCUCCCAAAGUCCAGGAGAACGUCCAGGACAAUGCAGGCUGUGGGGAACUUGUUUCUGUCGGUGAGCCUGAGCCCCAUCAAAAGGCGAACAGCAUCACGGGGAAAUAUGGGAUGUGGUUCCAAGACCCCGAUUCUCGGGGAGCUCUGUACGGGCCGGACACGGUGUGGCGCAUUGACACCGUGAGCAGUGAUGUACGAGAACUGUACGCCUAUGAAAACCUGGAGCAGCUCACUCGAGGAUAUCCCAUGAAGGUCCUGCUCCUACCAGAGUCGAUGGAGAGUACUGGGGCCACUGUGUACCGUGGUUCACUUUACUACCAGCGCAAACGGAGCCCCACGCUGCUGCGUUAUGACCUCACUGCUGAGAACAUCGUGGCCCGAAGAGACCUGCCACACCCCGGAUUCCACGGCCAAUACCCUUACUCCUGGGGUGGCUACACCGACAUCGACCUGGCUGUGGACGAGAAGGGACUGUGGGUCAUCUACAGCACGGAAAAAGCUCGCGGUGCUAUCGUCAUCUCGCAGCUAGAUCCCGAGAACCUGAAAGUGACCAGGAGCUGGGAGACCGACAUCCAGAAGAACAAAGUGGCGAACGCAUUCAUGGUGUGCGGCAGGCUGUACACGGUGGCGAGCUACAGAGCUAACAACACCACCAUCAACUUAAGUUUCGACACGGCUAGCGGGCAGAGCAAAGCUGUGGACGUGCCGUUCCGCAACCGUUAUGGCUACAACAGCAUGAUCGACUACAACGCGGCGAGGAAGAAGCUGUACUCCUGGGACAACUUCCACAUGGUCACCUACGACGUGAAGCUCAAUGAUAAAGACUGAUUCUAGACACAAGAAGCAGUGAUACAUGUUUAUAACACCCAAACGUCAAACUUUUGUCCUUCAGCAGGGAAAAUAUCCAAACUUUUGUGACAGUUUGUAACUUACUGCCAUCUUCUGGUCAUUACAUCAACUGCAAAUUCAGUGUUAACAUGGAGUGCUUUCCAAAACGUUAAUCGACGCCUCGUUGAUUCCUCCAUCUUAAUCCUUCAGACCCAGAGAUCGUUCUGCCAUCUUUAAGGAAAUUGCAACGUGUGCUUUAAAUGUGUUUAGAAAAAUCACUGAGGUGGCUUUUAGAUGCUCGGAAGUCUUUUCUGUUGUAGCGUGUGAUGUUAACACACGAUAUAAAUGCCGCACCUCUCCCCAAAAAAUACAUGACAAUACAUGAAACAAUAAUAAUAAUAAUAAAAACACAAUUACAAAAUGAAUCACCUUAAAUAAAUAAAGAUUUUAAUAAAAAAAAAAAA